AUGGAGCGAGUCACCGUCUUGCACCAGCGGAUAACGCUCGAUGUGGACUUGCUGAACGCCAGGGCAGCAUGCCAGACCGAGCUGACGGUCAUCCCGAGUAGUGCUGACCUGGCGACGGUCUACCUCAACUCUCGAGGCUGUCGAAUCCAGCACAUCAGCUUGUCGAGGCCACAGGCCGGUCCGGACGAGGAUGCCGCGACGACAAAGCUGGACAGGGCAGAGUUUGAGCUCUCUGACCCGUUCGAGAACAAGGCAGACAAUCCUACGUUCCAGCCGACUGAUCCCAACAACUUCAGGACGGCCUAUCCCGAGCUCAAGAGGAAGCUCUACUCGGCCACGCACACAGCUCAGCAAGGCGAGCUAGCCAUCGCAAUCCCGCCAGACUUUGUCAGACCGGUACAAGCGAGAGAUCCCUCAGUCUUCAACGGCUCAGACUCGCGCUCGAGGGGAGUCAGCCCUGCCGUGCUCGCAGCCUCUGCUGGCUUUGAGGAGAUCACUAUCUCCAUCAGCUAUACCAUCAGCUCGCCCAGGGAUGGCUUGCACUUUGUCAGACCCGACUCGACUGGCUCUAAUGUUCCUCAUGUCUACACGACCUCCUCAUCGCCCGAAUCAGCUCGCUACUGGGUCCCCUGUGUCGAUACCUUGUGGGAUAGAUCGACUUUCGAGCUCGAAAUUGUCCUGCCGCGCUCACUCGGCCUGUCAGACGACGAUGGCUUCACCGACGUGGCCGGUCGAAGACGUCUGGCGAGCACAGCAAAGAGGAUAGAAAACAUGGCAAUAGGCUCAGGAGAUCUCGUCGAAUCCGUCGCACAUCCGGCUCAAUCGAGCAAGAAGAUCUGCCUCUUUCGUCAACUCAACCCCGUCUCGAUCCACCAGAUGGGCUUUGCCGCCGGGCCUUUCGAGAGUCUGGCGCUCACAGCUGCUCUCGCAGGCCUCGCGCCCGCCGGGUCCGGUGACGACGACGAACGCGGUCCUCAGCUACGCGCAUUUGCGCUCGUCGGUGCACACGAUCAGCUGCCCGCGACGACGGGCUUCCUGCAAAAGGCAAUGCGUUUCUAUGAGAAAGAGUAUGGCUCCUACCCUUUCAACACGUUCAAUCUCGUCUUUGUGGAUGAUUCGACCUUUAGCGUCUUCAAUACAGCCACGCUCGCCAUCCUCUCGUCUGACCACUUGCAUGCAGACAACAUGAUCGAGCCCGCAUACGAUACUCGGCAAGCCCUAUCGCAUUCAUUGGCCUACCAGUGGUUUGGCAUCAACAUCAUCCCGAAGGCCUGGUCAGAUGUCUGGCUUACUGCUGGCCUAGCGCUCUACAUGGUGUCGCAACUGACCAAGCACCUUUUGGGCAAUAACGAGUAUCGCUUCAGGCUGAAGAAGGACAUUCAGCGUUGCUGCCGACGAGAUAUACGCAUGCCCCCGCUCUGUCAACCCAAUGUGCCUCAUCCGCCUGACAAUGAGAGCGCGGCCUUCUACGCACUCAAGGCGCCCCUCGUUUUGACCAUCCUCGACCGUCAUCUCAGACGCUCGGGCAAUUCCUUAGGUCUCUCUCGUGUCAUACCCAAGUUACUCAUCUCCGUCAUGGCCGGUGAGCUCAAAGACAACACGAUCGGCACGCCGGGGUUCUUGCGCAUGUGCCGCAAGCUCGCCAAUGCUGGCGUGGACUUGCGCCCGUGGGCAAAUCAGUGGAUAUACGGAUCCGGAUGUCCACACUUUAACGUCGUCAUCAACUUCAACAGGAAAAAGAUGAUCAUCGAAGUUGACAUCACCCAGCACCUGCCAGCUGCCAAUGAUGCGGCCACUCAACCCUGGUCAGCUACAGCGCAUACCAAUCCAGUACAAAGCUUCGAUGGCGCUCUGACAAUUCGUAUACACGAAUUUGACGGUACGCCGUAUGACCAUGUGCUCGGUGUCAAAGCAGGCUACAAGCGGCACGAGGUGGCAUACAAUACGCGCUUCAAGCGCAUUCGAUCUGGCAUCAGAUCUUUCAUACCACGGCAACAUGAUGCCAAUGACGAUCCUGGUAUGGGCAUAAAAGCUUCCGAGUCUCGCUUCCACCUGCAACUGUGGGAAGAUGCAGCUCAGCGCACUCGGUGGAAAGUUGCAGACUAUACCGAAGAAGAAGUGGAAGCGAUUGCCAAUACCCCCUACGAAUGGAUUCGUAUCGACGCAGAUAUGGACUGGAUCUGCUCGGUCGCAUAUGUCCAGCCAGAGUAUGCCUGGAUUGCUCAGCUCGAGCGCGACAAAGAUGUGAUCGCUCAGCUCGAUGCAGUCCACGGUCUGCUUGCGAGGCCGAGUCUUAUGGCAGCUAGCUCUCUCGCCAAGACGCUGCUUGUCGAGACUUACUUCUUUCGAAUACGUAUCGAAGCAAUCUACGCUAUGCUUGGCUGCGCCACAGACGCUUUGCAGCAAAGAGGCCUGUUCUAUCUGUUGCGACUAUUCUACCAAUUCUUCGACACCGGCAAGACGCCUUUCCCUGCAGAUCACAACGAGUAUGUCUGCGUGCCGUCGCCCAACGAUUUCAGCAAUGUGCCCGACUAUCUCAUCAAGAAAGCUUUCAUCUCUGCUGUAUCGCUCGUCAGAGACGCGAGUGGCCUGUCGCCGCAUGUUGCCAAGAUCAUGCUGAUCGAUCUGCUCGCAUACAAUGACAAUUCUCGCAAUGCUUUCGAUGACAGCUUCAUGAUCUCAGAGGUCAUCUCAGACCUCGCGGUCGCUUUACUUGCCGACAAGACGGAUACGUCUGAUGCCAACUUCGUACCCACCCCUGCCGAUACAGCACUUGUCCAACGAGCGUCGGACGAAGUGGAGCGAUAUCAGAGUCUCGACAGACUCGUGCCAUCGUAUCAGAAUCUUGUGACCGUUGCUGCACUCAACUUCAAGUUUAGACUGAUGGCCGCUUGCUGUGUGCCUUUGAACUUGCAGACGUUCGUUGCCGCCUCAAGAGAGGGCAACCAUCUUGCUGUGCGCAUUGCCGCGCUCGACUGUCUCAUCUUCUUCAGAGCGCUGCAAGAUCUCACGCUCGCCAGCUACGUCUUCUCGAUACUCGUUGGGGACGCAUCGUUUGCGGUGCGCCGUUACGUGGCGCAAAGUCUUUUACAGUGCAUGCCGACUCUGGCGCUCCUCGACGAUUUGAGCGAUAGCAGUAAUAGAGACACUGGUACGCCGGACAAGAUGCACCGAGCCGUCAGGAAAGAGAUCGGCCGGACCACCUUCGUCCGAGAGAGCAUUCUCACUGUCUUGCUGCGACCCGAUCUGGAUCUACAGAUACGAUGGAUUCUGCUGAAGCUCUGCGAGGUCAUUGCAAAGCCAGCGGAGGAAGCCCUGCCGCGAAUCAAGUUCAAAAUGCCCGGGACAGCAGCCUCGACCGCAAAUGCGAUGGUCAGACCAAGGCUACGCAUGUCUGGCGAUGGAGCUGCUCUGGGUGGUCAGCCUUUGAGAUUCGUUCUCAACACCCCGUCUGUCGAGGUGGCCACUGUCCAGCGACACCGAGCUGCGCCCAAACUGAGGGGCCAGAAGUCUGGCAUGUCCUUUGAUGAUCUCAAGGCAUGCCAGAACUGUCUCAAAAAGAUUCUUGUCCACCGAUCAGCAGAUCUUUUCCGCAAUCCCGUUGAUCCUGUCAAGGACGUGGCACCAAGAUACUUCGAGAUCGUUAAGGACCCAAUGGACCUAUCGACGAUGAGUUACAAGCUUGAACAAGGCUACUACGCGAGCAAGAACGAGUUCAAAGCCGACUUUGAGCUCAUGAUUCACAAUUGUCAUCUUUACAAUUCUGCCGACAGUAGGCCGGUACAGUUGGCAAAUUCACUCAAGGCUGCCUUCGACAAACAAUGGGAACGUAUCCUUGCAACUUUGGCGGCCUUGCAGAAAGCUCAGCCAGCGCCUCGGGCAGACAUUCGACUGUCAGCACCCUCAGCCCAAGCGAACGGAGGCGGACUGACUCUCAAAAUCAAGUCGCAGCCAUCUAUCACGCCUGAGCCUGGUCGGUUGGUGAUCACCAAGCCUUCCCUCAAAGUGACGGCUACUGCGCCUCAUCGCAACGGUGCCACGACUGCUCGUAUCGUGGACCAUCGCAUACCUUCACCUCGUGUCGAGUAUAGUAUGGCGAGAGCCAAAGCUGUCAUGCGCAGUCUGAUCGAAAACGAAAAGUCAGUUUUCUUCCGGCGGCCCGUCGAUCCUAUCUUGGACGGCUGCCCGACAUACUAUGACGAGAUCAAAGAUCCGAUGGAUCUCGGCACGAUGAUGAUUAAAGUGCGCGAAGGCCGCUAUCGAGAUACGCAUGAGAUCACGCGCGACUUUACACUCAUUGGCAAGAAUUGCCGUAUCUUCAAUCCGCCAGGAACACUACCGAUCCAGCACGCCGAAGAACUCGAGCGCGCAUGGCCACUCGAGUGGUUGGACGUCGAUCGGAUCAUGCCGGGAGAGAAGCGAUCCUUGCAAUCCAUGCUCAAGGCCGUCAGUGCACUCGACACUGCCAGUCUCUUUCGAGAAGCUGUCGAUCCGGUGGCUCUUGGCAUCCCUACCUAUUUUGAGAUCAUCCCGCGCGAGGAUGCACGCGAUCUGUCCCUCAUCAGACGAAAACUCGAAGCGGAUCUUUAUCGCUCCGUCGGAGAUCUGGAUGCAGAUGUCCGCCUGAUGAUCUUCAACUGUCUCAAGUUCAAUGCGCCAGUACCGCCUGUGGUUGCGAUGGCAAAAGACUUUGAGCGUGACUACGGCAAGCAGAUAGUGGCCACCAAGGUCAGCUUGGGCAUCGCAGCUGGCAAGGCCGGCAAGCGUGCAAGCAAUGCCACAGUCAAAGGUCCGGCAAAGAAGGCAAAGUUCGUCUGA